UGCAGGUCUGACCACGAGAGGACAAGAUGUAUUCUUUCAGAUGGGUUCUGAUUUUUGGGUGCCUUUGUUUUAAAGUGAUUCAAACUGAAGCCUCACAGUGGACAGUUAAGGUGCCGUCCACAGUUAAAGGUCUCCCUGGAUCCUGUGUCGUGAUCCCCUGCUCAUUCAACUACCCAGGUACAUAUGACAGGAGCCCUGUAUUCACUGGGAUAUGGCACAAGGUGUCAGAUCAGGUCAUCUAUCACUCUGACAAGUCAAAAGUGAUGCAGCAAUAUCGGGGUCGAACAGAGCUGCUGGGAGAGGUCAGGCAGAAGAACUGCACGCUGAAGAUCGAUCCCCUUCAACACGGUGACCAAGGGCCUUUUUAUUUCCGGAUCGAAAUGACGGACGUAAGGUAUUCCUACAAAGAAAAUCCAGUCUCCAUUUCAAUGAUUACUGAACUCAAUACCAUCCAUUUCUCUAUGGAAGACAAAAUAGUGGAGGGUCAAAAUGUGUCUGCGUCCUGCUCUGUGCCUCACUACUGCCCCACCUCUCCUCCUGUCUUCACCUGGAAUCACCCCGGACAGGAACAUAUCCAAUCCCAGCAGCUUGACGACAGCCAGUGGAAAGCGACAUCUACUCUGACCUUUCAGCCUUCUAUCACUGAUAACAACAAGACGUUACAGUGCACCGCAACGUACAAGGGAGGACAGCACCACCAAGCAUCCAGGGUCCUCAAAGUCCAAUACGCACCAGUGAAUGUGAAAGUGGAGCACAAGUCAGAUGUAAAGGAGGGAGAGGAUGUGCGGCUGAGAUGCUCCAGUGAUGCUAACCCUCCUGCUAGCAGCUAUCAGUGGCACAGUCAAACUGGUGCUCUGCUGCAUAAAGGAAACAGCUACACGCUGCUGAAUGUCUCCAGAAACACAGCAACUCUGUACUGUACUGCCAUAAAUAGAGUGGGGCAAGGCAAAUCCAACCCUGUGGGGCUCAAUGUGUUAUAUGCCCCUGAGAUUAAGAUAGCGUCUUCCUGCUCCUCAGAGGCCGAUAUGAUGAAGUGUGUGUGCAUUGCAGAGUCCAAGCCUCCCUGCAUGGUCCAGUUUGUGCUUUCAGACAGAGUCCUGCCAAGCACCAUUGUUGAGCAGCACGGCUCUGCUACCAUCGGGACCCUGCAGGCAGAGUUUGGAUCCUCUCAGGUCAUCUGUCUGGCAACCAACACGCUGGGCAACUCCAACCUCACACUCUCUUUACCUCUUAACAGUAAGAUGCAGACUCUUUCUAUUAUCAUCGCUUCUGGAGCAGGCGGGAUUUUGGUGAUGCUUUUAAUAACAAUUAUCAUUGUUAAAAAAUGCAGGGGGAGAUCUGAGGAUGCUCCAACACCUCACAUGAGCACCAUGAAGGCAGACAAAGAUGUGGCACUCCCUCAUUAUACUGCAACCAAGAGGAAAGAGAGGAGCUUUGAAGACGUGCACUGCUCUGAUAUUUAUGCCAAUGAUCCUGUUUAUGGCAACAUGGAGACUGACUGGGAUGACGCAAUAUACGACAAGAUGUAUUCUUUCAGAUGGGUUCUGAUUUUGGGGUGCAUUUGUUUUAAAGUGAUUCAAACUGAAGCCUCACAGUGGACAGUUAAGGUGCCGUCCACAGUUAAAGGUCUCCCUGGAUCCUGUGUCGUGAUCCCCUGCUCAUUCAACUACCCAGAUCCCUCUGACAGAAGGAUCUCUGAAUUCACUGGAAUAUGGGCCGAGGAAUCAGAUCAGCUCAUCUAUCACCCUGACAAGUCAAAGGUGAUGCAGCAAUAUCGGGGUCGAACAGAACUGCUGGGAGACGUCAGGCAGAAGAACUGCACGCUGAAGAUCGAUCCCCUUCAUCAAAGGGACCAAGGGCCUUUUCAUUUCCGGAUCGAAAUGACGGACUAUGAAAAGUAUUCCUACAAAGACAUUCCAGUCUCCAUUUCAAUGAUUUCUGAACUCAAUACCAUCCAUUUCUCUAUGGAAGACAAAAUAGUGGAGGGUCAAAAUGUGUCUGCGUCCUGCUCUGUGCCUCACUACUGCCCCACCUCUCCUCCUGUCUUCACCUGGAAUCACCCCGGACAGGAACAUAUCCAAUCCCAGCAGCUUGACGACAGCCAGUGGAAAGCGACAUCUACUCUGACCUUUCAGCCUUCUAUCACUGAUAACAACAAGACGUUACAGUGCACCGCAACGUACAAGGGAGGACAGCACCACCAAGCAUCCAGGGUCCUCAAAGUCCAAUACGCACCAGUGAAUGUGAAAGUGGAGCACAAGUCAGAUGUAAAGGAGGGAGAGGAUGUGCGGCUGAGAUGCUCCAGUGAUGCUAACCCUCCUGCUAGCAGCUAUCAGUGGCACAGUCAAACUGGUGCUCUGCUGCAUAAAGGAAACAGCUACACGCUGCUGAAUGUCUCCAGAAACACAGCAACUCUGUACUGCACUGCCAUAAAUGAAGUGGGGCAAGGCAAAUCCAACCCUGUGGGGCUCAAUGUGUUAUAUGCCCCUGAGAUUAAGAUAGCGUCUUCCUGCUCCUCAGAGGCCGAUAUGAUGAAGUGUGUGUGCAUUGCAGAGUCCAAGCCUCCCUGCAUGGUCCAGUUUGUGCUUUCAGACAGAGUCCUGCCAAGCACCAUUGUUGAGCAGCACGGCUCUGCUACCAUCGGGACCCUGCAGGCAGAGUUUGGAUCCUCUCAGGUCAUCUGUCUGGCAACCAACACGCUGGGCAACUCCAACCUCACACUCUCUUUACAUCUUAACAGUAAGAUGCAGACUCUUUCUAUUAUCAUCGCUUCUGGAGCAGGCGGGAUUUUGGUGAUGCUUUUAAUAACAAUUAUCAUUGUUAAAAAAUGCAGGGGGAGAUCUGAGGAUGCUCCAACACCUCACAUGAGCACCAUGAAGGCAGACAAAGAUGUGGCACUCCCUCAUUAUACUGCAACCAAGAGGAAAGAGAGGAGCUUUGAAGACGUGCACUGCUCUGAUAUUUAUGACAAUGAUCCUGUUUGUGGCAACAUGGAGACUGACUGGGAUGACGCAAUAUACGCCAAUUGCUGAGUUCAAAGGAGGAACAGCUGCAGUCUCUCUGUGUGUUGUGGGUGAUGUGGGUCAAGAAAGAUGUAAAAAACAUAUUCAUAUGUUACCUUCUGUACAUAAGUGCUAUUUAUCUGCCUCCUUUAAUUCACAUAUAUUUUUUAAAAAAGUUUUUUACCUCCCAAAAAUAACUUUCAGUAUUUGCUUUCUCAUCCAGAACUUUUCUCUGACUACCUCUGUGUUGGGAAAAAUCACCAUUAAACUGCCUUUUAUGUACUUGCUAAUAUGUUUCGUGACUGUUAUUUUCUAUGCAAUCCAUUUCUCAGUAAGAUCACAUUCUGCACAAGUUACACCUUUUGAACUUCCUCUUUAGCAGGCAUGAUUGCUUUAUUAUAGUGACA